CUCAGUAACUGCGCAGUUUUUGGCGUGGCAAUUCACCUUAAUAUUGUGCUACGCCAAUCAUUCCUCGUCAAACGUAAUGCGAAUAACGGCGUCCUUAUUGGCGCUCUGCGCCGUCAGUUUAGUUGGCACAAUUGGUAAUUAUGGUCGAACAGUUCAAGCUGCCCCAGUUGGCGAUCGAUUGCAAAAAAUGAUGGAAGCCAUACAGCCUUCGUUCAGCGAAGCACUCGUUCACUUAUCAAACCUGCUCGAUUUGGUUAUGAAUUACGACGAAACUGUCGCUAAUGGCUCCGUGGACAAUGAUGUGACAACUUCGAUUCAAACAACUAUCCGAUUGGCCUCAGAUUCGCUUAACGAUACGGUUGCCAUCAGCGAUCAUCACCUAAAAUUGUAUGAAGCCACUUUGUUUUCUUUGUCUAUUGAUAUGUCUGGGAAAGAAAAACAACUCUUCAACGACCACGCCGUACUGAGGCGGUUGGUAAUUGAAGAGCUGAAAUGGAAAGACGAAGCGAAUAAACUUAGUCAAGUAAUUGAAGAACUGGACAAUAAAGUGCGCGAUGCUGACCAAAGAGCCGCACAUUCCCAAGCAAGGGCUCAAAAGAAAAAAAAGAAUAGAUGGAAAUGGAUUACAGCAACGGUUUUCACAUUAGGUUUAGCAACUCCAGGCCUUGUAAUCAACGAGAAUGAUAUUAAAAAACUGAAAAGAGAUCGUGAUGCUUGGCAGGCCCAGGCCAAACAACAAAGGCAAUUACUUCAGGUUGCACUAAAUAACCUUCACAAUAUUUCAUUUCGCCAACAAGCCACAAAAAACUCUAUUGGAAGGACGUGGACGAUUAUUGAAUCUUCUCGAGCGAUUCUGAAAGAACGUCGGGGGCAGUAUGCAAUUUUGGCUGGUCUCGGGUCCCAGAUUAGAAAUGUUCACACUUUUCUCAACUCGUUGAACGGAAGUGUGGAUGCUAUUUACAGCCAGCAACAGCUGAUGGUGCUCUUCAGGCCUUUGCUGGAUUCUCUUAAUGAUUUGGUUGCUUUCCUAGAAGGCAAUGCCAAUAUGAUAGUUCUAAUAGGUGACAGAGAUGCUGUAUCUAAAAUCCGUCAACACCUUUCACAUAACGUUUCCCCCGCAUUGGGAAACUGAAGAAAAAACCUGAUCUGUUCACCUGAAUGUAGCAAUUUGAGCUAGUUUUUUCAAGCUAAUUUUAAGCAAUUUGAACUUGAUUGAAUGUAAAAUUCUUUCUGCCUUAAAAUUUUUCCUGCUUAUGUUUGCAAGAUUGUAUUUCUGAUUUAAAAUUGGAGUUUGGGUAGGUACAUCAGAGUAACUUGAAAUGAAUUAUUGUUGAAAGUCUAACACAAUUCACAAAAAAAGGAAAUAUCUUAUUUUCAGGCAAUCUUUAUUUAUGUUGGUGAUGUAGAUAUGUUCUUCUGCUAACGUUUAGAUUUUUAGUGAAAGCAGGCUCAAAUGGCUAAACGUUGUUAAAGAUAAUCUGGAACUCUUUUAUUUAACUGUCUUAUGUGUUCAUGCAGAUAUUAUUAUAGAUGUUUACAUGAAGAUCAUCAACUGGGUUGUUUGGGGAAAUAUGGUUAUUUAUUCUGCCUUCGUGAGAGCUCCUGAUAGACUGGCUCUACUACCUUCUAGGUUACACACGCCCGUAACCAGGUGUCUCUGCCUUGGCGGCUCGAAUAGUCCCAUCUCGCCAUCUCUGGCCCAGAAGCCCAAGGUCAAGGUUCUCCGUUUUGGAUAUCUGCAAGGUGACAAAGCUGCUGAAGACGGAAGUCUCCAAUCAGUAUUGAAGUGUGGGUGAAAGACUCAGGUCGGUCUCUGAGUUACUUAUUUGUUCGAUGUUUCAAGCACAUUCAGAAUAGUUGUAAAUCUCCAAGGAAGAUAUUCACAUCCAUAUUCAUCUGGACAGCAACAGUCAAUUGAGGUAGGGAUUUAGAUGUUGCUGUUAACCUAGGUCAUUAUUCCCAUUGCAAUGUCUUGCACAUGAUUGUAGGCUGUAUGUGCUUUCCUAGAUGUCUUAAUUUGGUGUAGACAUGUGCAGCUCUGUGUUGGAUAGCCUAAUUUUGGUGAAGGUGGAGCUCGCGUGUUACCGUCCAGGGGGAAUUGGUGUUGCAUUUUAGGCAUUUAGAUGCUUAGGUUGGAUCUGUUGGAACGACGCUUGCCAUCGAGACUGAGGCAUGGAUGGAUGGUGGUGUUGAAGCUUAAGAGGCCUGAUACAAUUGUCCCGGUUUGUCCUUAUCCCACUGUUUGGCAGAAAUGGCGCGUAAUGGUGUUGUUGGCCACCUAUUGUGAAGCGUUUGGUGAAAUGUGGAGCUGUUAUGCCUUAAAGUGUGCAGGGUGUAUUGUCAAUGAUAUUUAGGCAAGAUGGUGCUUGUUGAAAUUCCCUUAUGAUUGUAAUAGUUAAGUGGAUAUUUGGUGGUGAUGGGUGUUCAUGCCUGCCUGGAUCAGUGUUUCAAAUUUAAGAAUGUGUUGUUAGUGAGACAUAGCUGCUAUCGUGCUUUUGACAUGUUCAUGUCGAUGUUAGUUGGCGGGGUUUUGGCUAAGAGACGUUAGCUGUUCCCGUGUUGGAGAUAAUCAAAAGGGUACUGUUCUACAAAAAGGAUACUGUUUCUAUCUUCCGGAUAUUCAGCCUUAUCGAUGGUGUUGUCCAGAUGAUGGGAAGUUAUUAACGAUCGGUGCACUUUUUGUCGGCGUUGUGUUCCAGUAUGUUUCGUCUGCUUAAAUGACCAGGAUCUUCCGGAUGUAAUCGUGCUGAUUCAACUAGAAUUGAAUGGUGUUCGUAGUUGACGGGGUUAGUUCUACAGUCUCCGCUCUCUUCCUCAGAUUGACGAUUGUAAAUCUUGGAUGGGCAGGGCCAGUUGCUCCAGUUAGUGAUCGACUACAAGAAAUGUUGACAGCUAUACAGCCUUCCUUCAGUCAAGGACUUAUUGAUUUAUGAAACUUGUUUGAUUUCGUUACGGAACAAGAAGAAACGAAUUUUAUUUUAAAUGAAGAUGACAAUAUUACGCUAUUCAUACAACACACCAUUCAAUUAGCGUCAAAUUCCAUGAAUGAAACGGAGAUCAUCACCAAUCAUAUACAAUUGUAUGAGGUUAGUUUGCUUUCUUUCACCUCUGAUAUUUCCGCUAAAGAAUUUCAACUCCGUAACGACACCGAUGAGCUGGAGUUUUUGAUAUCGGAAAGUAGUAAAUGGCAAGUUGAAGCAGAUAAGCUUCAAAAGGCAGCAACAGAACUCGAUAAUAAAGCGUGUAAAUUGGAACAGAAAGCUCAUCACAUUCAACAGAGGAUGGACAAAAGGGUAAGAAACAGGUGGAAGUGGAUUACUGCAACGAUACUUACUACAGGUUUGGCAUCGCCUGGACUUGUCAUUGGUGAGGUUGAAAGAGGAAUUUUCGAAAGAGAUCGUAAUAAUGCGCGCAGUCAAGCUAAUGAAAGACUGCAUUUACUAAGGAUAGUACAAAGUAAUCUUAAAGAUAUUGCAACUCGGCAACAGAACACAGUAGAGUCUAUAAAUAAAACAC